UGCAGGGACACCCCUGUCACCUGGCCACGCGGCUUGGCCUUAACUUCCAGGAGGGUCCAGGGGAUGGCGGUCUUCUGAGCUCGGGGGGCGAAGGGGCUGCUGCACGAGUUGCCCUGGGGCCUGCUGGGCUGGGGGCACCUCCUUCUGGGUGAGGGGGAGGAGCUUCCUGGUCUUCCACGGCCCCCAGGGGGCCGGUUCUCCUGCUUCGAGGACCUUCCCAGGCAUGCCUCCAUCCCAAGGGCUUCUGGAAGGACCCUCUGCGCUGGUCCCAUGGGAAUGAGCCUGAUGCUCCACCAGUUUCUGAGGAAGUUGCAGCCACGCCAGGGGCUUCCAGGUCCACAGUGGGUCACCCAUGCAGAAGGAACUGGGGGCAGGUUGAGACUCAUCCCUGCACAGCCUGGGGGGCCCCGCGGGUGGGAGGACAGCCUGAAGGAGCCAGGGCCCCGGUGUGUCCCCUUAGCAGGGCGGGAGGGAGUGGAGUAGAUGCCCAGUAAAAACCCACUGGGCUAGCGGGGGGACCUGGUGCGGGGGGGAUGCGCCCCAGGUCCGGCUGCAAGGAGGCUGGUGUCCUCGAUGGCUCUGGCCCUGGGGCUUCACAGGCCCUCCUUUGGCCCAGGUCACUGUAGAAAUUUUGGUGUCUAGAGGUGGGUGUGGCUGCUGCCAGUCUGGCUGGGAGCACCCCAGACCCCCAUAGGAGAGAAGGGUCACCUCCGGGCGGGUGGGGGCUUCCUGUGGAGAACUAGACAGAUAACGUGGAUGAAAGUCUCUGAGUUUGAAGAUGACAAGGAGUGGGGGUGCCAGCCCAGGAUCCAGGAGGGCUCCCCUGAGACCAGGCCUGGCCCUGAUGCCCCUCCCGUCUCAAGGGACAGAGUGAGUCCUGCCCAGCCCUUGGGGGAUCAGUCUGCUCAGCCAAGGAGGAGCCCGUGGAGCUGUGGGUGGCACCAGUGUCCAGCCUGCCUCGAGGAGGCCCCGCCAGAACAUGGCAGGAGUCUGCGACAGGGCCCUUGACUUCCUCUCCCCAUCUGGAAACCAGGUCCUGGGGCCUGCCCUGGGCAGUGCGGUCACUCUGAACUGCACAGCCUCGGUGGUCUCUGGGCCCCACUGCCCCCUGCCCUCAGUCCAGUGGCUGAAAGACGGGCUGCCGCUGGGGAAUGGAAGCCACCAUGACCUCCAUGAAGACUCCUGGGUCAAGGCCAACUGGUCAGAGGUGCUUGUGUCCAGUGUCCUGGGGGUCAACCUGACCAGUACUGAGGACUUUGGGACCUUCACCUGCUCCAUCCAGAAUGUCAGCUCCUCCUCCUUCAUUCUCCAGAGAGCUGGUCUGGCUGGACAUGUGGCCACAGUGCUGGCCUCAGUCAUGGUCCUGCUGGCCCUGCUCCUGGCAGCGCUGCUGUAUGUGAAGUGUCGGCUCAAUGUACUGCUGUGGUACCAGGACAAGUAUGGGGAGGUGGAGAUGAAUGACGGAAAGCUCUACGACGCCUACGUCUCCUACAGCGACAGCCCGGAGGACCGGAAGUUCGUGAACUUCAUCCUGAAGCCGCAGCUGGAGCGGCGUCGGGGCUACAAACUCUUUCUGGACGACCGCGACCUCUUGCCGCGCGCAGAGCCGUCCGCCGACCUCCUGGUGAACCUGAGCCGCUGCCGGCGCCUCGUCGUGGUGCUGUCGGACGCCUUCCUGGGCCGGGCCUGGUGCAGCCACAGCUUCCGGGAGGGCCUGUGCCGGCUGCUGGAGCUCACGCGCAGACCCAUCUUCAUCACCUUCGAGGGCCAGCGACGCGAUCCCGCUCAUCCCGCGCUCCGCCUGCUGCGUCAGCACCGCCACCUGGUGACCCUGCUGCUCUGGAGGCCGGGUUCCGUGACACCUUCCUCCGAUUUUUGGAAAGAGCUACAGCUGGCGCUGCCACGGAAGGUGCAGUACAGAGCCAUGGAGGGAGACCCCCAGACCCGGCUGCAGGAUGACAAGGACCCCAUGCUGAUUGUGGGGGGCCGAGGCCCUGAGGGUCGGACCCUGGACCCGGAGCUGGACCCUGACCCUGAGGGGGACCUGGGUGUGCGAGGGCCCGUCUUUGGGGAGCCAACAGUUCCAUCACAUGCAAGUGGGGUCUCGCUCGGAGAAGGCCGUGGCAGUGAAGUGGAUGUCUCGGACCUGGGCUCCCGAAACUACAGUGCCCGCACGGAUUUCUAUUGCCUGGUGUCAGAAGAUGACGUGUAGCCUCUGCCCAAUGGAGCAGCAGGAUCGCUGGGGACAGCUGGGGGCAGGGCUGGGUUUUUCCCCCCACUCAGCAGGACCACAGUCCCUGGGUACCUGUGGCCUGGGACCUUGGGGAAAGGGAGUGGCCCUGGAAACCCUCCUUGUGGCAGAAAUAAAGUCCUUCUGAAUCCCG